GAGGCAGUUCAAAUCGUGCGGACGCAUGAAUUUUGUCGGCUCGUCGACUACACACAGAUGUUGUUGUUAUUUUGUGGUUAGUUUUUUUUUUUGCGUUGGAAUUCGGAACGAUCUACAGAAAAAAUUCUUCAUUUUCAUAGCGAAGCAUUUAACUAAAAACAAAAAUCGUUUGGAUAUUGAAUCGUCGUUUUAAAAUUUGUGUUUGAUCAAGUUAUCAUCAAACUAUUGCGUGUGUAUUAUGAUCAAUAAAAUAGCGAGUUGGUUGCGUGUUUGGAAUGCUGAUAAAGCGAUUUGCUUUUUAUUGGUUUAAAAAGUGAUAGUCGAGAUUAGUAGAAGUUCAAUCGGAUAAUUGCAAUCCAUUUGACCAAGACACACACGCGCCAUACACCGACAUUAGAAACAAUGACAAUAUAAAAAAAGAGUAAACAAGUACAAAAUGGUUUUCAAGUGAUAAAUUCGUUGUUGAAUGCGAUUUACAAAGAAAUUUAUCUGAAUUGUGGGCCGUACAAAAAACAAUUGGCAUAAAGACGUUGUCUAAAAAUAACCAAUUGCCAGAUUAAAUGAAGUCACACACCAUACAGCCAUACACACGAUCGUCCCCGUCUUUUCGAACUUAUUUAUCUACAACACACUCAAACACUCGCAAUUGAUUUUAUCUGAUCGAUGAAAGAAAACGUAAAUGGUAUUCAAUCGAUGUAAAUCUCCAACAAAUGUGUACACAUUACAAGUGUUCUACUGACAGUUGAAUAUUUCUUCGUGCAAAAAACAAACACACAUGACUUCUGCUUUUUGUCAACAAAAAAAAACAAACAAACUCAUUGUUAUUCAAAUUGUUGUGCUGUGUUGUGUACAGUUCACGACAAGUGAAAGAAAAAGUAAAAAAGCAAAUCGAUUCCGAUCAAUCGAUCAUCUGUAGCAGUAGCAACGCCAAAAGCUAAUUGCUGUGAAUUGAUGUGCCAUUCAAUAAUUCUAUUAAACAAUAAUCAAUUUGAAUGUGAAUUGAUGUCGUAAAUCAAAUAAAGCCAAUAGUGUGACUGACGAAUAUAUAUAUAAAAAACAACAACAUAAUUUACAAACUGUCAAAAUCCCACACAUAUACGUCGAUCUAAUGGAAUGUGUAUUAGUGGCUACUCAAACGUGAUUAAAUACGGUAUUUACUUGUGUGGACACAAUGAUGUGGCUUAGCGUGUGCUUUGUUGCACGAAAUGGUCAUUUGAUUUGAUUUAAUUUGAGUGACUCAAUUUCAUGUCAUUGCAAGUGAAUUAUUCUAAAUUAGUCUCUAGCCACCGACAAACUACUUUCACAGCGUACAGCACAAACAUAAACAAAAACCAACUUCAAAUUGAUCCUAAUCAUGGCACACAGAGCAAUAUACCUGAUUGGAAUAUUGGUGAUUGGUUCUGUGACAUUGGCGACAGCUAGAAUGUUUGAAGAGAAUGUAGUUACCACUACGACACAAGCGUUCGAUAAGAAUGUGGAAGCACCACCGCAACAGCAACCACUACAACAUCAGCAACAAUUGAAUAGUACGUGUUUUUAUGCCGAACCAGAAUUGUGCCAGCAAUUUAAUGAGAGUGAACCAUGCAAAGAGUGCAUGCCACAUCCAGUCUAUAGCAAUUCAUUGGUGUGUUGCAAUGUGACCGAUCUCGAAAAGGCAAUUUCAUGCGUUGAAAAUUUAAAUAAUGACAAUAAAACCGUUUGGACAAAUAUACACAUUCGCAAUGCAACGCUCGACGAAUUAGAUAUUUCGACGAAAUUAUGGAAGCUACGAGAUUCGCUCGCAAUUACGGACGGGAAAAUUAAUCGAAUUGUUAAAGAAUUGACAAAGUUUUCGCAACCAAAAUGUUUGAAUAUGUCGAACAACAGUUUGCAAAGCAUUCCAAUGAGAGCACUGAAGGAUUUGACGAGACUUCAAGUUUUGGAUUUAUCGCAUAAUAAUCUCACGAGUAUACCCAAUUUGAAUAAUUUAAAUCUAGCAUUGGAUGCACAUGGUAAUAACGGUUUGCUGUGUAAAAUGGUUUUGGAGUCAAUUGAACGGGGCAAUGUGACAUUUAUCGAAGCAGAUUCGACAUUCUGUUUGAUGAACCAGACAUAUGGAUUCUUUAAUUCAACCGACUCAUUGCCAAUUCGGCAAUUGGAGAAAAUGAAGCAAAUGAAUGCAGACUGUCCCUCCAUACCGGGUAAAGGAAAUUGUACAUGCAUACCAGAACAAAUGGCCAUUGAAUUGAGAGAAGAUGGUGCACACUCGGUAUUUUCAGCCAAGGUCGAUUGCUCGAAUUUGGGUUUAACUAGUUUGCCGAAAACUCUACCAGAAAAUACCCUUACACUGAAUGUAACAAAUAAUGAGAUUACGAGCCUUUCCGCAAUGACAGAAAAUCCAUCUUAUACACAUUUGGUGCGAUUAUUUGCCGAUGAUAAUAAAAUUGAGUCACUGCUCGAUUUGGAGGGAACUGAGUUUAUACAAAAAUUUGACAUUUUUCAUCUACGGCGAAAUAAUUUGAAAACGAUACCACACUAUUUGCUAUCAUAUUCUCUGGACCGUAAUCCGGAAGGACGAAUCUUAUAUUUGGAGGGCAAUCGAUUGAACUGUGACUGUAAUACUGCUAAAACAACGAGGAUCUGGUUAUUGGCUCGAACAAAUCAUAUACCUGAUGCCGAGAAUGUAACAUGCGAUAAUAUGCCAAAAAAAGUGGUCGACUUAGUCGAAACAAAACUAUGCCAGUCACCGCACGAUUGGACGGAUUACAUUUACUAUUUGAUAGCCGCAGAGGUGCUGCUGCUCAUUGCGAUAAUUGCAAAAGUCUCAUACGACUACUGGGUAUUCAAGACAGCUGGAUAUUUGCCGUGGCCUGCGUCUGCUAUGCCAAAAUUGCCAUGCGAUUGGCUUUGUGAAACGUGAUUUAUAUCUAGUGUGCCAUAGAUGAUAAGUGAUAAGACAAAUUGCCAUGUUUAGUUUUUUUUUUCAAUGACCAAAUUCUCAGUAACUAUAAGUUGAAGUCAUAUAUUAUAUGAUGAGAAAACUAGAGUUUUCUAUGUAACUGUUGUCAUAUUUUUUUAUUGGAAAAUAUAAACACUUUUAUUAACAAUCAAAUGUGAAUUAACUGACAA